CACAAGAGGUAAACAUGGACACUCCACCUGAACCAACUGUGGUCACCAGGACUCUUCAGGACUUUAAUAAGUUCCUGUGUAGCGGCACCAACACUCAGGAACCCUUUAUGGGACGAGCUAGACAACUAAACUUUUCAGACUCAUUGAAUGACACCAGCAGUACACUGGAUGAUGACUCCAGGAAUGGUGGUCAGGGAUCAAGGAAGAGGAACCUUGACUCUCUUGCUGGUUUUGAUAUCACAAAGAAGUUUCGAGAAAAGGAUGUAGAAAUAGUCACUGCUAAGACAAUGAUCAAGAGGCUGGAGGGGCGCUUGCAGGGGCUGGACACAUCAAGUAAGAAGGCAAGGUUAGAGAGGGACACAGAACUGGAGGCUCUGCGGCAUAAAGAACUUCGAGAUAAAGAAUUGAUUGAAGACCUCCAGCAUAAACUAAAGAAGCUCCAGAAACAGGAAUGGGAAGUCAAGCAAUCCUCAAAUAAGGUGAGACAAGAGUGUGAUGCCAUUACCUUGGAAACUGAAACGAAGAUGAUGAAGAAGCAACAGCAAUACCUGGAAAAGUGCCACACUUUACAAGAGGAAAUUUCAGUUCUCAAUAAGAAAUUGUUGGAGAUGAGCAAAGAUGUUGACGAGAAGACUACAGAGCUACAUCUAGCCAAGUCUCAUGCUGACCAACUGGAGAUGACACUGACUGAGGUGCAGAACAAGUUAAAAGAGUCAGUAUCCUCUCAAAUGCAUUUUGAGACUCAGAAGUUGGAGCUUAAUCAAGCCAAGGUCAAAAUUAAGGAACUUCAGCAGCUCCACAGAGAUUCCGAGGCACUGGAGGAUAAAGCUGAGGUUUUUGAGGCUGCAGUACGUAAGAUGUCAGUCAUGGAGAAGGAAAUGUCGAACUUAAAAGAAGAGAAUGAGUUUUUCAAACAAACUGAGAGGAACACUAAACUCAUAGAGGAGAAACUGUCUGGUGCUCAGCUGCAGGUGACGCUCUUGGAGAAACGUUGUAAAGAGAAUGCACACUUUGAGGCUGAGAAUGACAUGUUCAAGGAAACUCUGAGAAAAUAUGAAACCAUCAUAUAUGAGGAGUUUGGGUUGGACCACAAAGUUACACCUCAGGACUUGCAGUUCCACAUCACCAAGCUCAAGAAAGGGGACCAAAGUCUUACUAAUGGCCUAGCUCAACUGAGGGCCAGUCAGAAGUCCCUGGAAAAUAGAUAUGUGUCAGAGGAGGCAGAGAUCAAGGUGCUGAAGGCCAAGUUAGAGAAGCAGGCGCAUAACACCCAGCACAAUGCUGUCCUCAUCAAGAGACUGCAGAGGAAGCUUUUUUUGGUCACUAAGGAACGUGAUAGCCUGAAGGAGAUCCUUACCUCAUAUGAAUCGGAGAUAACAAUCAACCACUCAGUUGUCAGUCAAGAAAGAAUUAUAAAACUUGAAGAUCUUAUGAAGAUGUACAAGGAGGAACUUGAACGUCUGGAAAAAGAACUAGAUGCUUCCUGCAACAGUAUAACUAAUGAAACACAAGUUCAGGAAAAGUUUCAAAGAAAAGAAGAUGCCAAGAAGAUUUCGUCCUUGGAGAAGAAUAUCUUGGAGCUUCAAGCUGAAGUUACCAAAGUGACACAAGCCAAGGAAAUACUUGACUUGAGACUUGAAAAUCGGGCACUCAAGGGUGAUUAUGAUCCCUUGAAGACCAAGGUUCUGCAUUUUGAGAAUAACCCCCUCUCAAAGGCAAUUGAAAGUCGUGGGACAGAAAUCCAUAAACUCCAGACAGAGAACAAGGCAUUGAGGGAGCAUGUGCUGCAACUGGAGCAGGGAACGUCACACAUCAUUACACCGAAAGUUGGAAUAAAAGUGAGCAAUGAAGCUCACUCCAGCAAAGAAUUAACAGAACUCCAGGAAAAAUCUAAGUUCCUGGAAACACGCAACAAGCGCCUGUUGGAAGUAUUUAAGCGCAAGUCACUGGACAUGCGUGAGGUUGUGUAUCAACUGACUGGUUACCGUGUGGAUGCAUCAGGGGACAACCAGUACAAGCUGAUCAACAUGUACGCUGAGUCUCCUGAUGAUUAUUUAAUUUUUGAGCAAACACCAUCAAAAGAAUUACAGUUUCUGGAGACGGACUUCUCAAACACACUGGAAGAUCUCAUUGAUGCUUAUCUUCGCCAUGAGAACUCCUACCCAGCUUUUUUGUCAGCAGUCACGCUUGACCUUUUCAAUAGGCAGACUGUAGAACAACCUGCAUCAUCUAGUGAUGCAGAGGAGGAGGAUCAGGAAGAUGAUGAUGAAGAUGCCGAAGUGGAACCUGAGGACGCCCAUAGGAUGCAGCACCAAGAUGAUGGUCAUGAUGAGUUGGUAAUCUUAGAUUAGUUUACAAUGGAUUAAGUGUAAAUAUGCUCAUAGGAGAUUGUCAUCCAAUCACAUUAUGAAUUGUAAAUGUUUUUACAAUUGUUCACUCCCCAAAAAUGCGAGUUAAAAGACGAAGGAUUCGACUUGUAAGUGCUGAGCUUAGAAAGUCUUUUAUAUCUUAUGGUUAUGUAGCAUCAUCAGUAUGUAUUAAAGUUUUGUAAUA